GUGCUGCUGCUAGGCUCAUGCACUCACAGCACACCCAGACUGGCUUUUUUUCUCAGCUGCUGAGAGGAGGGACAGGGGCUCAGAAAAGGGAUGGUGCGAGCCUGUAAGGAGACAGCACAUAGGAACAGUCCUUCUCUUCUCGCCCCUCUGCUGUCUCAGUGACGUUCUCGUUAACAUACUUGGGAUCGGCAGCGUGGGGGGGCUCGGCCACCAGCAAUCAUGUCCCUGUCCCGGAGGAGCCCCCACAGUCGGACCACCAGCAGUGGCAGCAGCAGGAUGAGCUCGGACGGGGGCGGGCGGCCCCUCAAGGUGGGCUCUCUGGUGGAGGUGAUUGGAAAAAGCCAGCACGGGACGGUGGCCUACAUCGGCACCACCCUAUUCGCCUCUGGAAAAUGGGUGGGGAUCAUCCUGGACGAGCCCAAAGGAAAGAACGACGGCACGGUGCAGGGCAAGCGCUAUUUCACCUGCGAGGAGAAUCAUGGCAUCUUUGUUCGACAGUCCCAGAUCCAGCUGGUGGAUGACACUGCCGACACCACAUCUCCAGAUACUCCUGAACCAAGUUCCAGCAGGGUCCUCAAAAAAGAGAUCUUGGAGACAACCAAGUCUGCCAAACUGCGAGGAGUGAAGCUCAGAAAGACUCCAGCCCCCCGGAAGACCACAGCCAGGAGGCCCAAGCAGCCCAGCCGGCCCACAGGAGGCACAGGGAGGGGGGCUGCAUCCGGCUCAGCUUCAGCCUCCACUGGGGAGAUGAGCAGCAGCGAGGCCAGCACACCCGCCCAGACCCCCCUAGUGGCUCCGCUUAUCCCCACCCUGCACUCUCCAGGAAAUGCAGCAGCCCCGCCCAGCAAGGAGGAAGAGACACUGCGAGCUCAGGUGAAGGACCUGGAAGAGAAGCUGGAGACGCUGAAGAUGAAGCGGACUGAGGACAAGGCCAAGCUGAAGGAACUGGAGAAGCAUAAGAUUCAGCUGGAGCAGCUGCAGGAGUGGAAGACCAAGAUGCAGGAACAGCAGGCCGAACUACAGAGGCAGCUGAAGGAGGCCAAGAGGGAGGCUAAAGAAGCUCUCGAGGCCAAAGAACGCUACACGGAAGAGAUGUCCGAUACGGCGGACGCCAUCGAGAUGGCCACACUUGACAAGGAGAUGGCAGAAGAGAGGGCGGAGUCUCUCCAGCUUGAAGUGGACUCCUUAAAGGAGCGGGUGGAAGAGCUCACAAUGGACCUGGAGAUCCUGAAACAUGAAAUUGAGGAGAAAGGCUCGGAUGGAGCAGCCUCCAGUUUCCACGUCAAGCAGCUGGAGGAGCAAAACGGCCGGCUGAAGGAAGCUCUGGUCAGGAUGCGGGACCUGUCCGCCUCAGAGAAGCAGGAACAUGUCAAGCUGCAGAAACAAAUGGAGAAGAAGAACAUGGAGCUUGACUCUUUGAGGGGGCAGAAGGAAAAGCUGCAGGAGGAGAUGAGUGCAGCUGAGAGGACCAUCGAUGAGCUGAAGGAGCAGGUGGAUGCAGCUUUGGGUGCCGAGGAGAUGGUGGAGACUCUGACUGAGAGGAACCUGGACCUGGAGGAGAAGGUCAGGGAGCUGAGGGAGACAGUGACCGACCUGGAAGCUAUAAAUGAGAUGAACGAUGAGCUUCAGGAGAACGCCAGAGAGACGGAGCUGGAGCUCAGAGAGAUGCUGGAUCUUGGGGCGGCUCGGGUCCGGGAGGCGGAGAAACGGGUGGAGGCCGCGCAGGAGACCGUGGCUGAUUACCAGCAGACCAUCAACAAGUACCGCGAGCUCACGGCUCACCUCCAGGAGCUGAACCGGGAGCUGACGAGCCAGCAGGAGGCCUCGGCGGAGCUGCAGCAGCAGCCGCCUGCUGACAUGUUUGACUUCAAAAUCAAGUUUGCAGAGACCAAGGCCUACGCUAAGGCCAUUGAGAUGGAGCUGAGAAAGAUGGAGGUGGCUCAGGCGAGCAGGCAGGUCUCUCUUCUGACUUCCUUCAUGCCCGAGUCUUUUCUGCGUCACGGAGGAGAUCACGACUGCAUCCUGGUUCUGCUGCUCAUCCCAAGACUCAUCUGCAAGGCAGAGCUGAUCAGCAAACAGGCUGAGGAGAAGUUCGAGCUCAGUGAAGGAUGUGUGGAACGGGUCGGCCUGAGAGGUUCUGUUGGGGAGCAGCUGAGUUUCGCUGCAGGUCUGGUCUAUUCUCUGAGUCUGCUGCAGGCCACGCUGCACAAAUACGAGCAGGCUCUGUCUCAGUGCAGCGUGAACGUCUACAAAAAGGUGGGCUCUCUGUACCCUGAGAUGAGCGUGCACGAGCGCUCCCUGGACUUCCUGAUCGACCUGCUGCAUAGAGACCAGCUGGAUGAAACGGUCCGCGUGGAGCCGCUCACCAAGGCCAUCAAGUACUACCAGCACCUGUACAGCAUCCACCUGGCGGAUCAGACAGAGGACUGCACCAUGCAGCUGGCUGACCACAUCAGGUUUACCCAGAGCGCCCUGAACUGUAUGGCGGUGGAGGUGGGGCGUCUGCGGGCAUUCUUGCACGCCGGUCAGGAGAAGGCGGAGCUAGCUGUGCUGUUGAAGGACCUGGAGACGUCCUGCAGCGACAUAAGGCAGUUCUGCAAGAAGAUUCGCCGCAGGAUGCCAGGAACCGACGCUCCAGGCAUUCCGGCGGCGCUCAGCUUUGGGCCGCAGGUGUCGGACGCGCUCUCAGACUCCAGGAAACACCUGACCUGGGUGGUGGCCGUGCUGCAGGAAGUGGCAGCGGCAGGAGCGCAGAUGAUGUCACCGCUGGGGGAGCAGGAGGGGCUGUCAGCCGUCAAACUGGAGGACGUGGCCUUCCAAGCCACAGAGCAGGUGUACGGAUCUCAGGGCGCCAACACCUAUGAGUGUCUGCGGCAGUCCUGUAACAUCGUCAUAGCGACUAUGAACAAGAUGGCCACAGCCAUGCAAGAGGGCGAGUAUGACUCGGAGAAGCCUCAGAUGAAGAACCCUCCCCCUGUGGAGCUGCAGGCCGCCGCCCUGCGAGCAGAAAUCACAGAUGCAGAGGGACUGGGCCUGAAGCUGGAGGACAGAGAGACGGUCAUCAAGGAGCUGAAGAAAUCUCUGAAGAUCAAAGGGGAGGAGCUGAGCGAGGCGAGUGUCCGUCUCAGCCUCCUGGAAAAGAAGCUGGACAGUUCAUCCAAAGAUGCAGAUGAGCGCGUAGAGAAAAUCCAGACUCGCCUGGACGAAACCCAGGCUCUGCUGAAGAAGAAAGAAAAGGACUUCGAGGAGACCAUGGAUACCUUGCAGGCUGACAUUGACCAGCUGGAGUCAGAGAAGGCGGAGCUAAAGCAGCGCCUCAACAGCCAGUCCAAGAUGAGCACUGACUUGGGGGGAGGCGGCCCAACGGGUGCGGUUUCCAUGGUAAUGGGGACUGCAGGAGGCAGCCCGGUAUCAGCCGGCCUUCAGGUGAUUGACUCACCUCUGCUGACUCAGCAGAUUGAAGCUCAACGGCUCUGCAUCAAACAGCUGAAGAACGACAACAACAGGCUGAAGGCGGAAAAGAUUCGCGCUCAGCUCGCCUCCCUGCCCCCCCUCCAUGUCCCCAAACUGCCCUCCACAAACGGCCCUCCCCGUGUGCUCUCCGGCGCCCUCUACCGCAAGACCGAGCAGCUGCUGGAGACUCUGCUGCAGAUGAGCGCCAACGUGAAGGUGGUGGACGUGACGGGAAAGUGCCCAGUGAGCCCUGCUGCGCAGCUGCUGGAGCAGACGGCUCGACUGCGGUCCCUCAGAGAGACGUUGGAACGGCUGAAGGACGAGGUGGCGGAGCACGUGGUCAGCCAGCAGCCAGGAGCUCGAGUCCCGUCCGACUUCGCCACCUUCCCCUCGCCCCCCUUUGUGAAGGCCAAAGAGGAAAGGGGCGGAGACACAGUGCUGGUGGGGCGACUCAUGGUGCCAUGCCCCCGUGGUCAGGAGCAGGUCCACCGCCUCGUCCUGUCCCAGCGGCAGCUGCAGAGGGUUCACAGUUUGCUGCAGGCCUGAACGCACCGGACCGGGAAGGACACCAGUGCCUCGUUUCCACUGAGCGGUCCGGUCCGAUCCAGACCAGUCCGGUAUUUUGGGUGUAAUGGACCCAUUAGGCCAGAUCGAACCGCACCAUUUUUGGGCCCUGAUGGUUGUAGGUCCACAGAAAAAUGGCAUGGACCGGUUAGGGUGGAGGUACUGUCGUCAUACGAUGAAGCCUGUUGAUUGGCGGCAGGUCGUUACAACAAUAUUAAGCACUAAACUAACGCCAAUGUCUUCGGCCGUAUUCCUUCGCUGCACGCAAUCUCCUCUCAAACAAUAUUAAAUGCUUUGUAUCUACAAAGAAACAAAGAGCUGCUUGAUGACCUUCAUUGUUGUCGUCGAUAGCUUAGCUUUUGCUGUAGCACAACUAUGAUACAAAGCUACACAAUCGGUCUACACUUGGAGUGCCCAAAUCCAGGCCUUGAGGGCCGGUGGUCCUACAUUUUUUCCUAACCAUUCUGCAAUUGAAGCUCCUCAUUGGCUAAACAAACCUGAUCCAGGUGUUCAGCAGCAGAUGAGACAGGAUUUCUGAUUUGGGGCCCCUGGUCUACACCCAGCACGUGCAGUGACGGUCCACCUUUGAGUGGGAACCCUCACCUGAAUUGUCUGGACCAUUCUCAACCCGACCACUCAGUGGAAACGAGGCUCAGGAGUCUCCAAGCAGAAGACGCAGAUUUCCUGGGGGAAAAGUUGAAGCUCCUCAAAAUUCCUGAAGCAGAUCGUGACGUUUAGUGUUCCUCUAAAUCCAACAUUACUGAUGUAACGCUGCUGUGUGUGCCUGCAUGCAGCACCUACGUCUGCACCCAGACUCCGGUGACUGCAGCUGGUCUGUCCACAUUGAUGCAGCGCCUGCAUCUGCUGCGUCUGCAUGGAUGCAUCUGCUUUGCAGAGAUGUGUUGUGUUGACUCUGCUGUUUACCCUCAUGUGGCUUCAAUAUUCAGGUGGUAACAAAGGUACACGCUCAGAAAAAACUCAUCAAAACAACCAUUUUAAUGAGAUUUUAACCCUUUAAAUGCCACUUCCCUCGUGUAGUCAGACCGCUGCAUCAUCACAAAAGUAGAAACUGACCUGCCAUCAUUAUUAUUAGUAGGAGCUGCACUGUGGCGUCAGGGUUAGCACUCUUGCCUUACAGCAAGAAGGCCCUGGUUCGAAUUCUGACCUCAGCCAACAGUAGCUGGGAUAGGCUCCAGCAACUCUGCAAUCCCAAGAGGGAUACGGUAGGCUUAUGAAAUAAUAAAUGUGCCGUGUAAAAGAUCAAAAUCCCUGAAAUGGAUUGUUUCAGUAAAAGUUUGAACGAUUUAUCAUUUUAGGAGGGGGGAAUUAAAGGUUAAGAAUGGAUGAACAGUGAAGCCAUUUUUCAUGUUGUGUACGUUUACAUGUCAUUAACUUAUAGUUUUUUCUAUUUACACUCUAGGAAGCUCAGUGCACGAGUGUCCAAAUAAUUUGCAGGAUGUUUAUAAUCUGAGUGUAAUCUGCCACCUUGUCAGCUGUCACACUACCUGAUCAAUAAACUAAUCAAACAUG